CGAGAAGAAUGGAAUUGUUAUGGAAGCUUGAUUUCUGAUGAAUUCUUCUCGGGAGAAGCAAUUUUUGUUGCAUGUCUUGCAGAUCUCGAAUGUCAGUGGCUUUUGAGGUACGGGUUUCAGAACGUUUGUGGUGCAUUGUUGUCAUUGGAUGUCAGUGGCUUGACUUCAGGGGUGUUGUCUCCCUGUUUUGUUCUAUGUGACCGCCGCUAUCAUUCGGCAUCAAAAUAUAAGUAGUUAUCUCAAUCACCUCCAUCAUUUGUCACCGAAUAGAAAACAUGAUAUCACCUAUAAAAUGUGAUUUCACGAAUCAUGUCUCAAACCGUAACCAUGCUUUCCGCCAAGUUUCAAGAGUCAUUCCACCAUCCAAGCAAGGGUAUCUCCCAAAUACAACCCUAUCCUACAGUAGCAUACAAAACGUCAAUCUUGCUUGGGCCCUGGGGGAUCAACAAACACCUACACGAUUUCGGCACAUGAAAAAUAAUCUUGCUCUCAGACCGUGUUUCCACCCCGGUGAGAUGUAAGGGCGGGACUCGUGAUGCAUAGCCAUAGCCCACCCUUGCAAAAGUUGGACGGAUUUCUGACGCAUGCUACGAUAAUUCACGGUUAAACGUGCUUUUGCUACGUCAUCCUGUACCUGGUGACUCCCGGUUGCCACGUUGUUUGGGGGUCUGGAACGCGGCUGUUGGGAAUAGGACAGGUCACUUUUUGAGAGGGGAGGCUGAAGAGACAACAACUGACAGCGGAUGUUUAGUCCCGUUUCUGACAGCUUGGGCGGUUAGAUAUCAGUUUGUCAAGCGAUGCUUACAUUAAGCCAUCUGUUUUUGAGCAUCCCAUCUCGUGCUUGUAGUUAAACAGUCACGGUCACAGUUGUCCACCGACUUAAGCAUAUGUAUUCUCAGCAACCUCUCUUUGUUCUCCGUGGACCUUGAUGUCUUUGCGAUUUUAGUUAGUGAACAAACCCUUCCCAAUGACGAAAGAAAUCGGCUGCAAGAAAAGACCCUGCAUCUCAAUUUCGCCACAAGAUCUAAAUGUGAUAUCUUUUCCAUCUGACAUGGCGCAACAGAGAAAACAUCAUGACCAUCAGCCAAUCAAAUCCCCUCCCCUCUCUUCUCCCCGGAAAAGAGAUGAUAUCUACUCAAGCUCAAUAACCGAGACGAACGCCAACCAUUUACCGCAUCAUCUUGGCCCAAGGCCCCUGGUCAAGACCACUAAACUCAUAAAGUAUUCCUUGCGAAUCAUACACAACAUUACCGAAUCCCCCUCCCAAGAGACACUCCAUCAUCGUAACCCUCCUUGCAAAUUAAACUAAUGCGUGUAAGUUAGUGUCAGUUCGGCCACUAAUGCAGCCUGUGCCGGAGAUCCAUGUCGGUGGGGUUCUCUCCUCGAGCAACACCCGACGUCAAGAGAUGAUCAUCCUGGGCCUCGGCGUCUAGCGCUCGGUGGUCCGAUGUUAAUAUUCAUCGCUAAGAAUUGGCUGUACGCUAAGGCUGAGAGUGUACAUAAUGUUAUCUCUCAGGGGGGGUGUUGGAGAUACCGCAAACUUUAUUGUUUGCGGGGGAGUGCGGAGGAAUGAGAAAACAAGACCAGAGAUUUUCUUACUUAGGCUAUCAGACAGAAUUGAUAGUGAAUCAUGGAAACUCGCUAAAGGUCGAGCAAAUCAUCGCAGCCUCGCAGCUCAAGGCUAUAAAUAUUCACCUGUAUCUCGUAGAACACAACUAAAAGACAUCAACUAGAAUCACCUCACCUAUUCUCCAAGUUGCCUCACCAUGAGUAAACCAUCUGUUCUCAUCAUCGGCGGAGGUGUCUUCGGAACCUCAACCGCAUACCAUCUCAUCCAACGCGGCUACACCAACGUCACAGUGGUCGAUCGUUUCGCGGCCCCAUCUCGCGACUCAGCCGGCACUGACCUGAACAAGGUUAUCCGUGCAGACUAUCCCAACCCGUACUACGCCCAGCUCGGUCUCGAGACCCUUGGCGUGUGGAAAGAUCCAGACUCUCUCUUCAAGGGCCUGUAUCGCGAGUCGGGAUGGAUCAUGGGUGGGCAUGAGGAGACGAAUCAAUGGUUGGAGAACGCUAAGGAUUUGGCCGAGAAGAAGGGGAGACAGGGAGUGGAGUAUCUGGAUGUUGAGAGGAUUAGAGAGAAGUGGCCUGCUCUGACUGGGGAGUUCCCGGGCUGGACUAAUCUGUACAGCCCUCAGGCUGGUUGGGUCCCCUCAGGCCAAGCCCUUCUCCGCAUGGCCAAAGCUGCAGAGAAGAAUGGCGCAAAGUACAUCGCCGGCCAUGCUGGUCAGAUCAAGGAGCUCGUAUACGAGGAUGGAACCUGCAAGGGUGCCGUCGCCGCUAACGGGGAGAUUCAUCGCGCCGAUAAGGUCAUUGUCGCAGCUGGAGCAGGUCUCCCGGCUCUUGUCGAGGGAGCUAGAACUGAUGUCAGAGCGGAGACUUCGGUAAUCUGUGUGAUGAAGCUGGAGCCACAUGAGAUUGGAAAGUACAAGGACAUUCCCAUCAUUGAUGACUUUGAGCAGGGCAUCAUCUUUCCUCCCGACGAGAAUGGCCUCAUCAAGCUAUGCAGUGUUCGGCUUGUGACCAACUAUUUCAACCAUGUGCACUCUGGCGCUUCAGUCUUACAUUCAGUGGGUGACUAUCCCUUCGAUGGAUGCCCCAGGGAACUCGAAGUCGAGAUUCGAAAGUUUGUUCGAGAAAUGAUCCCUGAGCUCGCAGAUCGACCCUUUGUCCACACUCGUCAAUGCUGGGACGGCAUGGCCUCAGACCUCAACUUCCGCAUCUGCCCUUAUCCCGACACAAAGAAUCUCUACAUAGCCACAGCUGGUUCAAACCACGGGUUCAAGUUUCUCCCAAUCAUUGGAAAGUACGUAGUCGACCUUUUAGAGGAUUCCCUCGACUCAGGCCUCAAGAAUCUCUGGAGCUGGAAGUUCGGAAAGAAGCCCAAUGAUUUCCAAGAUCCUCAUCCCUUUCCCCGCAGAGACUUGAACGAGUUGACGGGUUGGAAGGGGAGAAAUGCUCCAGCGGAUGGAAAGCUGCCUUGGACGUGGAGCCGUAGUCGUCUCUAGGGGGUGUAGAUGUAGUAGAUAUUUAGUUUACUCACAUCUCACGGCUGGGAAUCUUCAAACAAUAGAUCCGCCAAUGUAGGCCUAGACAGGGAAUAGAAAUCAUCACAUGACAAUGCACUAGUUAGUUGGAGAGAUCCGCUCGUAUGGAUCUACGUGGGAACGCUAAAGUUUGAGCUAUCUUGAGAUUUAGCGUUGUUUCCUCUGGCGGCUCUGUUUUCUCACUUCAUCUCCUCCGUGGCGAUGUUUGAGUUAAUUUCCUCAUUGACUGAGGGAAUGAAAGUUUAC